UUGAUAACUUCAACACUGAGUAUAAUGCAGACUUUGUGACUGUGAUGACUGGUAGCUUUGAUGAAAGCAGGGCAAUGAUUGUUGACCGUAUAUCUGGAAAUAUCGGGAAAAAGACGUUCCGUAGCUACAACAAUAAAAUCUUCGUCAAAUUUUUCUCGGACUCCACUGUCAGCAACACUGGCUCAAUGACUGGCUUUACCGGAACAUACGGUGCCUUGAAAGAUGAUUCAGGUCAAAAAGUAAAUUUAGUGGCUCAGGAUAACCCAAAAGAGUAUAAUAUUAAAACAUUUGAUGUUGAAAACACCAACACCUUCCUCGGACAAAGAGAUUAUAUAAUUGUCAUAAGUACUGAAAAUAACUUUCAGUUCGGUCAAAUGAUUACGUUAGAGAUUCUGGACCUCAAGCUAAGUGAUGGUGACACGGUUAUGUUCUUUGAUGAUGAAACUCCACGAGAUAAUAUUCUGCUGUCUACAAGUUGUAACGACGAGGAACUUUGUCAAAACAACAAAGUGAUUUACUCGACAGAUAAAAAAUUGUCCAUUCUUCUGAGAACAAACAAAAUGGUCAAUAAAGAUAUGGCUUUCAGGUUCCGGUACAGACAAGGAUGUUAUUAUGAGACAACUGAUGUUUGGGGAACAAUUUACUCACCUGGGUAUACUGGAAAUAUUAACUAUCCAAGCUCUGUAAGCUGUGAGUGGAAAAUUACUACAAAUGUACCAGUUACAUUAUAUUUUGACAGCAAUUCUAGACUACAGUCCAACGACUACAACCGGGACGUAAAUGGUGACUUCUUAAAGAUAUAUGAAAAUGGGCAAAUGUACGAAGGAUCACCAAGCAGAGGAUAUGCAACUAAUGAAUUUGCUGGUCAAGUCUUCAAUUUAGAUAGCGGUGUAACCACAAUUCACCUGGAUUCAUCUGUCACUAGAUCAGAAAAAGGAUUUAAAGCAACUUGGUCUCCAGCUUGUCCUGACCCUAAUUAUGAUGAAAAUACGAUUGUGAAUCCAUCGCCACUAAACAGAAACUACCGAGCUGUCACUUCUGUCUCGUGUAAACUGGGGUACGCUUUUCAGCAGGAACAGAUAUCUGCGGGACAAACAUCGUUAAAUAUUGAAUGUGGGUACAAAGGUGUAUGGAAGAAUUACAGACAAGUUCCAAGAUGUACACCAAGAUACUGUGGAGAUGUUCCAGUCAGCACUAACAGUUAUAUAGUGUCAUCAACGGGGACAGUGUAUGGAAGUAAGGUUACUUAUGAAUGCAAUCCUGGUACAGUUGCUAGUGGCAACUUGGAAAUAACAUGUAGAUCAGAUGGUUCCUGGGAAAGUCCUCCUAUUUGUAGAGCCGGAGGUUGUCCAAGUAGCAUUGUUAGUGCAACAAUAUCGAAUGGGCAAGGUGAACGUAAAUUUGGAGAUGGAACAUCAAUUGGUACAAUAUAUGAGUACACAUGUAAUGCUGGUUAUGAGUUUGUAGGGCAACCAUAUGUUAUAUGUAAGGAUGAUGCCACUUGGUCUCAGAAUGGUGCACCCACAUGCAGAC